UUUUUUCCCCUUAUUUUCUUUUCUUUUUAGUGCAUCUGCUCUGCUCCCGGUUCCAUCCAGCUGGGGGAGAGAGCAACGCAUUUAAAGUCGGCCGAAACUCCCAGGGAGGAAAAGGAACGAGCGGAGGGAGGGAGGCGGAAAUCAGAGGCGAUCCCUUUAAGAGCAAGUGGGACAUAGCGGUGCGAGAAAAGGAGAGGAGGGGGAGAAGAAAGAGGAAUUAAAAAAGAAAAGGAAGAAAGAGACGGGGAGGGAGGAGGGAGAGCGGGCGAUAAAAAAAGAAAGAUGACAUCCUCCCUGCUGAACGGCCGAGGUGAGGAGCGAGGCUGCGGCCCGGAGAGAACGCCUCCAGCUGGGGUCAGGGCUUGACUCGACAGCGAGGCUUCGACUUACACCCAAGAGGCCUAUCGAGGAACCCGGACAAAAAGACUCAGAAAUUCUCCAAACUAAGCAUGCCCUGCUGUGCUUGUAGAUGCGGUUAUUAUCACCCAUACUUGUAAUGCAGCCUAAAUUAAUUUUUCACGUUACAGUUAUUUUAUCCUAAUUUACUAGAUCAUGGUUUUAGUUAGGUUUUAGGCCAAUGUUUGUAGUGAUUUGGCACGUUAGUUAUAACGGUUUGUGUUGUUUUCAUUAAACUUGUAUAAACAAAGUGAGAGAAGAACGCUAUUACAGUGGCCCUGUGCUCUGCAGCCUACGUCUAAACAACCGCUGCGUGCAUGUAACUGACUGCAGCUACCUCAACGACUAAAACAUAUCUUCCCAGACGACUUUAUUCAAAGUAAAACCACGGAACUGUCGUUUCUGCUGCUGAAUGGAGGGUUUUUAGGCUUCAGUUUUCAGUGAACGAGGGAUAUUUCAAUGCAAUUCUCUCAUAAUCUCAAUCAGAAGCUAACCCAAUAAUCUCUGUCGUUGUGGCGCAAAAUGGAUGCUGCUUGGAGCAAUUUUCUCUUCCAGAAUACUCCCACCCAAAAUCAAGGGGAUGGGAGUCUCCAAUCAGAGCUUAUGCCAGCGCAGACGAGUUCUCCCCAAACCCCACCCACAGACCACAUAGCGCAGCCUCCCUCCACUGUGGACACUGCUGCUCUCAACGAGGAACCCAUGCCAGUGAAGCCUGUGUCCCGUCCAGCACGUGUCGCCCACAUCUGUGCCAUUUGCAACAAGCAGUUCAAGAACAACUACAACCUGCGGCGGCACCAGUCAGUGCACACUGGGGUACGCAUGAAGGACAGGGCCAGAGAGCAGGCGGAGGGAGCAAAAGAGGCAGUGGUGGGCCAGGUGGCAGCGGUCGUCCCGUCGGUGGUAGCGGUGGGGGGCGAAGGGAGGACGGAGAGGACCACAGUGCCCCUAUCCCUGCUACACCUCUCUGUACCUCCCACUCUCGACCCUCCCGACGUGCUGACGGGAGUCCAGCAUCCCACCCUCAUUAGUCAGGAUGGUGAAGGGGUUGCCAUUGCAAACGUAGUGGCCAAUAUAAAUCCCCAUGCUCCGCCUCCUGCUGCUGUCGUCAUGGCCACGGGGACGACAGUACAGCGUCCAUCAAAUGCAAACCCGACCCCAGUGAAGAAGAACCAUGCCUGUGAGACUUGUGGGAAGGCUUUCCGUGAUGUGUACCAUCUCAACCGCCAUCGGCUGUCCCACUCUGAUGAAAAGCCCUUCUCCUGUCCCAUCUGCCAGCAGCGCUUUAAGAGGAAAGAUCGCAUGAGCCACCAUGUGCGUUCACAUCAAGGUGGCGUUGAAAAACCCUAUGUCUGCCCUCAAUGCAGCAAAGCAUUCUCAAGGCCUGACCACCUCAACAGUCAUGUCCGACAGGUGCACUCAUCAGAGCGACCCUUCAAAUGCCCGACAUGUGAGUCAAGCUUUGCAACAAAGGAUCGCUUGCGUGCACACAUGAUUCGUCAUGAAGAGAAGGUGCCAUGUCACAUAUGUGGAAAACUCCUCUCAGCUGCCUACAUCACGGAUCACAUGAGAGUGCACAAUCAGUCGCAGCAUCAUGUCUGCCACCUGUGCAACCGCAGCUUCACAACACUGACUUAUCUCCGUGUCCAUGCUCAAAAGCACCAUGGUCAGGAGUGGAAGGACAGUCCUGGGGGUUUUGGUGGCACAACCUCAAGUGGAGUACUUGUGUGCCACUUAUGCGGUGUCCACUGUAAGACACCAACCCAGCUUCAAGGGCACAUGGGCACCCACAACAGCAACCAGGCUGCACCUGCCUCCAGUGUGGCCUCCAGCUCGGUGUCUCUCAGCAACAUGGUGACUGCCCACCCUGUGUAUGUCACUGGAGGCACUGUGGUUGAUCUGCUGGUCACAGACUGUUCGAGUAUUGCUGUACCUCAGUCACAGAGUUAGCAGAACAGAGCUCUGAGGCAUGUACUACGAAGCUGGCUUAACCUAUCCUAGAUAAGUUUCUCUUAUCCAGGAUAGACAAACCCAGGCAUGAGCAUCUCUGGAUAAGAGGUACUACAAAGAGGAUUCACAGCUUGCUCUGUCAACCCGUGAUUUUCUGAAUGAAGCCGUUUACGUUCACAGAACAAGGCUUGGUGAUGGCUUCAGCCAGCAAAUUAGGACAAUAGAAAAGUAUUUCAAACAAUAGAGAAGUACUUCAUACACAAAUAACUGUCAAUCAUGCUUGUCAAUCAUGAGGAAUUAAAAAAUAAAAUAUUGGUCUAAACAAUGGAUUUCUCUUUAUAAAUCUGUGCCCAUCGAUAAACAAGAAUACGCCACUUACGCAUUUCCUCAGGUCUACGCGCUCCUCUCCACACACACACUGACCGCUCGUUCAGCUUACAGUAACUGGUUUCUCGUUUCUGAUUGGUUAAAGAGUCAUCUUCUCAUCUUAUUUGGGAACUUAACCUGAUGUGGAGCAGUAGUGUAGUAGUACCUCUAAACCAGGUUUAAACUCAAAAUUACCUCACCCACAAAUCCAGCUUCGUAGAGCAGGCCUCAGCAAUAUCAUCCCCCGUUCCUAAGCAGAGGAAGAGACUGGAUAGUGUGAAAGUUAUAGUUUUCUGAUGUUCACUUUGGUAAUGUUUGGUUCACACUUAAGGGGAAUUAAACAGAUGUUGUAGUGCAAGGUGAAAUUUAAGCUCAGCAAAAAAAAAAAAAGUAUAAAUAGGGCAGUGUGGCCGUGUUGCUCUGGGUAUUAUGGAAAUCAUAUAAAGAAACAUUUUAAACAGUUACAUUAACACUAACAACAACCUGAAUUUAUAAUAUUAGUAAUUAAGUGGUAAAUUUUAAUCUUGAAUGUGAAAAAACUUAACAUAAUUAUGGUAUCAUGAUCACUGAAAUAACUGUUAUGCCUUCACUCCUAAUGCGUGCAUAGGCUGCUUCCAGGCCCAAAAAGUACUGUAUAUUUUCAGGCACUCUGGUCUUACCUCCAUUUUGCAGUUACUUUACCAUUACAAAUGCUGAGUGGUAGAUUUAAUCGAAUCCAAGAUGAGAAAAGGGGUUCAUGGUGUAGAUUAAUAUAACCUGACUAGAGCUUCUGAAUUGGCUGUUUCAAGUGUGAGGCUAAAAACAUGAGUGGCCACUGGUCUUUAUGCAUUGUGCGAUGUACAUUUAUUUUUUAAAAGUACAGAGAUAUCUGAAGGCCGUUUGUGGGGAUUUAAGCACCUUAAAAAUGAUAUUGUUUUAUUCAGUAAGAUUAGAAAAGUAAACAAAUCUGUGGAUUCUGUGUUUUGCUCCGAGUCUUCCUCUCUAAAUCUGGCCAUUAAAAAUACAUUUCUGUUAAUCAGUCCUUUUGGUUCUGUCAUGGCAGCCUUGGCACCUGAAACUACCUUUGCAUGCAAUCAAGCUAACACAGCCAUGCCACUUUUUUUAAAAAAAAAAAAAAAAAAAAAGCUGUCAUGACAAAAAAAGUGUUUUUAUGUAUUUAAAAUUGACAGCGAUUCAGUUGAUUGUACUUGUUGUUGCCAUAGUUUGUUUUUUUUUCCUCUGUAUCAGUCAGAUAAUUACAAAUAUGCAUUUGAUAUUCUGCCCUUUAUAUAGGGUGUUCUCUUUUAAAUGUUUUUAAUCAUGUGAUUUUAUAUGUUUUGUAUUGGGUUUUCCUGUGAGUUUGUUGUCAAAGAGAAGGAUGUAAAAUGGUAGUACUGCAGAAGAAAGCACCGUGUUGAUAACAAACCUUGUUUGUUUUUUUUACUGGAGUGCAUUUAUUUAGCUGUGUUCAUGUUUUGUUUUUUUUAUUUGCAGUUGUUGCUUUCUUUAAAUUUCUUCUGAUAUCUUCCCUGUUAGAUUUGCUGUAUUUUGAUUAACAUUUGUAUAGUAAUACUAUAUUAGGUUUGCAUCAAGAAAAAUAAUACCUCUUCGAUUCUGUACAGCUAUCGCAAAACAUCUUUCUGCCUUAUUGUAAUCUGCAACAUUUGAAUUUGUUAAUGAAAGAUCAACUUAGUCAUGAAUUCAUUAAGAAUAUCAAUGGGAUGUACUGUAUUUAUAUUUAUAUUUUUAUAUUUCUCAACAGUAUGCAUGUCUAAAGGGUAUAGGUAGAGAAAAAAAUGCAACAAUUAAAAUAGUCAUAUAUUAUUUUGUAGAUUAAGUAGAGCUCAUGUUAUUUUGUAAUUUGGACAGUUUAAAGUAAAACAAAGAAAUGGCCAAUGUUUA